GUUGGUGUUGGUGUUAUGGUGAAUGGUGUCAAAUUUGGUUGUUGCUGGGUCCACUGGUUUGAAUUUUGUAAAUUUACACUAGGAUAGAAAAAUUAUUGUAAAAUUAAUAUUGUAAAAACAAUAUGUAAAAUUAAGAACUUAAGUCACUUUUAGUCUAGAAAGUUCACAUAACGUUAGACAAAACGCAAUGAUUUUCAGGUCUGAACGAGGCACUUUACUUUAAGCCUACAUUAAGUUAUUAAAUAAACUUAAAAUAACAACAAUGAUAACUUUCCUAUGUUAAGUUUGAUCUAUUAUGUAGGAGGAUUUUCCCACCAUAAUACAAAAUGAAGCAAUUUAACAAUAAACCAAUCACUCUUGAAACCGAAGAAUGCAUAAUUUUUCAACAGUUAGAUUUAUUUUCAAGUGGUUUCCCUGUGAUGGAAGAAAUUAGAAGACAAGGAAAGCUUUGUGAUGUAACUUUAAAAGUUGAAGAUCAGUCAUUUAGUGGACAUCGUAUAAUUUUGGCUGCAACAAUACCAUAUUUUCAUGCAAUGUUUACUCAUGAUAUGGUUGAAAGUAAACAAAGGGACAUCACAAUUCAUGGAAUUGAUGCAGUAGCAUUAGAAGCCCUUAUAAACUUUGCCUACAGUGGAAGAGUGACCAUCAACACUAACAAUGUGCAGAGUCUCAUGGUGGGUGCUUCGUUCUUGUCACUACCCAAAGUUAGAAACGCUUGUGCAGAUUUCUUAAAAAAGAGGUUCCACCCUCAGAAUGUACUGGGCAUCAGACAGUUUGCAGACACACUGGGAUGUAUGUUGCUAGUAGAAUCAGCUGACAAGUAUGUGCAGCAGUAUUUUCACGAUGUCAGUCUUUGUGAGGAAUAUCUCACUCUCAGUGCCACCGAGUUGCUAGAUAUUGUGAAACGGGAUGAGCUACAUGUCAUAUCUGAGGAGCAGGUAUUUGAGGCCAUCAUGAGGUGGGUGAAGAAGAGCCCAGAGAUCCGCCGCAGUGACUUGCCGCAGCUAUUGUCUGCGGUGAGACUGCCGUUGCUGCGGCCUCACUACUUGGCAGACAGUGUGGCUACUGAGGAGCUGGUCCGCACAUCUCACGAGUGCAGAGAUCUGCUAGAUGAAGCCAAGGAUUAUCAUCUGAUGCCAGAAAGAAGGCCACUUCUUCAGAGUUUCCGCACACGACCACGAUGCUGUAACUACAUCAUGGGACAUAUAUUUGCUGUUGGAGGACUCACUAAAAAUGGUGACUCACUGAGCACUGUGGAAGUGUUUGAUCCCAUCGUUGGGCGGUGGCAGAUGGCAGAGGCUAUGAGCAUGUUGCGCAGUAGAGUUGGUGUUGCAGUCAUGAAAAACCGUCUGUACGCUUUUGGUGGAUACAAUGGCUCCGAGCGACUCUCUACGGUUGAGGUUUUUGAUCCAGACAAACGAGUGUGGAGACAGGUGUCACCCAUGAACUGCAAAAGGAGUGCUGUGGGUGCCGCUGCUCUAAACGAUCGACUGUAUGUGUGUGGCGGCUAUGACGGAGUGUCAUCCCUCAACACAGUAGAGUGCUACCAACCUGACACUGACACAUGGACCACCAUCAACAGCAUGCUGAAACAUCGUAGUGCUGGCGGUGUCAUAGGCUUCCAGGGCUACGUCUACGCUCUCGGUGGCCACGAUGGAUUAUCCAUCUUUGACUCGGUUGAGAGGUAUGACCCUACAACUGGACAGUGGACAUCAGUGACCCCCAUGUUGACCAAGCGAUGUCGCCUCGGAGUAGCUACUCUCAAUGACAAAUUAUACGUCUGUGGCGGCUAUGAUGGAGCCACAUUCCUCCAAUCUGUUGAGAUGUAUGAUCCGAUAUCUGACAAAUGGAAGUACGUGGCCCCGAUGAAUGUGAUGCGCAGUAGGGUGGCGCUAGUAGCGAACAUGGGCAAGUUGUGGGCCAUUGGAGGCUACGAUGGAGUGUCCAACCUCAGCACUGUUGAGGCCUAUGACCCCUCCACUGACUCAUGGUCCUUUGUGGCGACCAUGUGUGCUCACGAGGGCGGGGUCGGUGUCGGGGUCAUCCCCAUCUGUAACUCCUUUGACUGAACCCCUCAAUCCCUCAUCUCACUUCCACAAAAACCCAAGACUCGUUUAAAAAUUCUGACUUGUCUUAUUUUCUUAGAUUUAUUGAGUGUCUAACAUAGUUAUGCUGGGGACAACCUCAACAAAAACAAAUCCAGCUCAGCAAGAAAAAGGCAAAAUAACAUUCCAUUUGUGAGGGGGCCAAGCUAACUAUGUUUAAUUCCUAACUUUAUUGACACUAUAUCUUUUGAAUAUUUUCCACUGUCUUAUUUUACUGAAGAAUCUCAAUAAAACAAAUCUUACGGAUCUGUCAAAUUUUAUGUAUUGCUAAUAUGAAGACAAAGGAGCGAGCUGGCGUAGUGGUUAGAUCGCGGGACUUCAGUCCCUGAGGUCCCGGGUUCGAUCCCCGCCAAGUCACCAAUGGAUUUUAUCUAAGUGAUAAUGCCGCAACCCCUAGGUCUAGCCUGAAGUAAUGUGAAAAACAGUCCCAAACUCGUGCCUAGCGUCCUAGGACAAAAAAAAAAAAAAAAAAAAAAAAUUGAAGACAAAAGUUUAAACAAUUUGCUUGUCAAGAGUUAUUAGCUUUUAAAAGUACAGUAGAACCCCUCAUAUCAGACCAUGACAGGAUUGGGCCAUGGUGGCAACGGCCAAAAGGUUGGAUAUUCGGAGGAGCAUAUCUUGCGGUCUCAGCGACACAAAUAAUCAUCUUCUGAGACCGUGGAAACACCUUUGAGCAUAUCUUGGCGACACCAGUAAUCGUCUCGGGCAACCACAUGAAUACAUGCUAGCAUGUCUUGCACUCUCAGUGACACCAGUAAUGGUCUCCUUGGACCACGGCAAAACCAGUUAGCAUGUCUUACAGUCUCGGUGACACAUGUAAUCAUCUCCCUUAAUCACGGCAACACCCGUGAACAUGUCUUGCAGUCUCGGACAGACAAUAAUUUUAAUUUGUAACCUUGAUUAUGGCAACACUUGAGAACACAUCUUAAAGACAGCAGUGAGUUUGCCCUUUUAGGUGACACUCGUGAUUGACCUCUCGGUUAACGGAACACACUCAGACAGGAAACAAGGGUCGGACACUGGUUCGGAAAUCCUGAGGAGUCAGUUAUGCCAAGGUUGGAUUUGAGGGGUUCUACUGUAAAACAGAACCUCGCUUAUCUGGGGUAAUGAAGGUAACUGGGACAACAGACUGGUGAAAACCAUAGCUACCACAAAUCAUGAAAAUAAUCACUUUUAGAUAAAACAGUCUAUGUAAGCGAGACCAUUGAGGCAAGGAUUUUGUGAUCAGGAAAAACUUUAAUUCUGUAGUAAAAUUAUUGGCUAGUUUUGGAUUGAAUCCACCUCCAGAUAAUCAAGGUCUGGAGUACUUGUUCUGUACAUCAAAUGGUUGAUAUUUUAUAUUAUAAUGUUUACUAUUUGAAUCCAAACUAAUCAAACCAUCUAAAUUAACCAAUACACUGAGAUAAAUUGUUUGCAAUUGGCCAGAACACUAUUUACCAGGUGAUAACAUCACAACCUACCAGUGAUAAUUGAUUGUGAAAUCUCAUGCUGCCACUAUAUAGGUCACUAAAAUUCUGUAAGAGUAACUAUGAAUCUCUAAUGAAACCUUUUGAAGACAAAUGAUUGAAACACAAGGCGUUUUUAAAUAAUUGUUAAAUAUUUUCAAAUAAUAGUAUGUACUGUUACUUUAUGAGAAGCAGCAAGUGCUCUUAUCAUUAAUUUAUGUAUAAUGUAUGAUUAAGGCUAGGAUUAUACUAGGACGCUGGCAUCCGGGAUGCUGGCGUCCGAGAGGCUAGCGUCCCACCUCGAGCCGAAAAAUGACGUGAUUUGUGUUGGGAUGCUAGCCUCUCGGACUGCCAUUUUAUUUCAAUGUUUAGUCACUUUUUGUUUAUAUCUAUUUAAAUAACAUUAGGUUUAACGAGUACCAAGGUUUGAUGCUUUAAGAGGGCUAAUAAA